AUGUCGCUACUGGCACUCCUCUCCUCGAGCCCUCGUGCCGGCGCAGUGACCGCGACGCUCCGUUUCCAUCUCCGCUCACAAGCCGUCCUCACUUCGACCCUCCGCUCCCUCCAUACCACCUCUCAUGAAGCCCCAACCGCCCAAUCGACCCUCUUCACCGUCCCCCACCGCCCUGACGAUGCUUCCCCAAAGGCGACGAAACUCGACGACUACCACGCCAAACAGAAAAAACUCGAAAAAGCCUUCCUGGAAGCAAAGAGACGCAUCAAAGAAAUGGAUCGCGACCUCGACGCCGCAAUCCACGAAAUCCGUCAUCGCCAGCGUAGGACGGAGGAAGAGCAUACGCAUGGGCCUGUGUGGUGGUCUGAGCCGGAGUCGCAGUAUGAUGUGAGGAUGGAAGUCCAGGAUGGGAUGGAGGCUGUGGAGGGGGUGUUGGAGGGGGCGAUGAAGGCGGGGAGGGAGGUUGAGCAGGGGAAUAUCAUGGAUGCACGUGGAGCGAGUGGAGGAGGGGUGAGGAAGGGGAAGGGGAAGGAGGAGGAUUUGGGGCCGAAUGUGAUUGAGCAGUGA